CCCGUAACUUCCCCUCCCGACCCGCUCGUCCCCGACCCCUGUCUCGCCCGUCUCUCCCCGACCCCAUCCCUCUCCCUCGUUCUUUCUCCUCUGUUCCCUCCCUAAACCCUAGAUCCACAGGAGGUGGCGCCGCUCACCGGCCACACCUGCGGGUGGCGCAGGCCUGAAGAAGGCUCAUGGCGCCGCCCGUUAGCCCCCUCCCCAUCAUCAUAGGGAGCUGCAGAGGGUCACCAGAGAAGAGAAAGACCACCAAAUCAUCUGAGACAAGUAUUGUGCCUUUCCAGGGUGAUGAACUACCAGCAUCAUCCAUGUCUUUUCCACCUAACCAAAGCUUGGAAUCUGCAGCUGUGAGAAAGGGAAAAUCUACCAACUCAGCAUCUAUAGGCUUCAAAAGGUCAAGAAGUGGCUCAAAUCAGCUUGAGCCCAUUCCUGUGUCUAGUGAGCAAACAUCUCAGCAAACAAUUGCACCUGUGAAGGCAAAGGCCAAAAGGAAAAGGAAGCAACCAGCUAAAAAACAAGGAAAGAAUCUGGUGCUACCAUUUGAUAGUCCAGCAAUGUGCACAAGAAGCAAAAAAUGGGAAGAUCCGGCUAGUCCUGCAAUGAGCACAAAAAGUAAAAGAAGGCUUAGCUUAUGAUUUGCAUAUGCCUUUCUUUUGAAUCAAAUGUGGUGUAUGUGAACCUAUUGUAAUGUUGGCUUGAUUGUGUGUAUCUGUGAACUUGAUUGAUUGUAAGGUAUGCAUAUAAACCUUCCUGUUGCUCAUGUGAACCUAAUUAACUGUUUGAAAUUAUCACCUUUUGUGCAUUGUUGA